AUGCCUGAGUUUUCUCGCACAAUUGUCUCGCUCUUCCAGCGAGCCACAGCGCCAGAGCAGGCUAGUUCGACUGCAGUGUUUCUCAAUCCUUCGGCUUUCAACACAGCCGACCCGCUCCGACUGUGGAUUAUUCAAGUUGGAAUAAUCGUCGCGACGGCCAGCCUACUGUCCUUGGGGCUUCGGAAGAUUCAUCAGCCCAAAGUUAUUUCGGAAGUUCUUGGAGGAAUUAUCUUAGGGCCAACCGCAUUCGGCAGUAUACCACACUUCUCACAGCGCAUAUUUCCAAGCGAAUCUAUACCCUACUUGAGCUUGGUGGCAAACAUCGGUCUGGUGCUCUUCCUCUUUCUUGUUGGACUCGAAAUCGAUUCCGCAAUCAUCAAGCGGAAUGCUCGUUUGUCGGCAUCUGUUGCCCUCGCUGGUAUGGUUCUACCUUUUGGACUCGGAGCAGCGCUUUCCCAUCCUCUAUAUGAGAAAUUCGUCGACCCGAGCGUGAAAUUCACCCACUUUAUGCUGUUUACGGGUGUUGCCUACUCUAUAACUGCAUUCCCAGUGUUAUGCCGCAUUCUCACCGAGCUCAAACUUUUGGAUACCACCGUCGGCAUCGUUGUUUUGAGUGCAGGAGUUGCUAAUGAUAUCAUCGGCUGGACUUUGCUUGCUCUUAGUGUGGCUCUCGUUAAUGCCGGCUCUGGCUUGACGGCACUGUGGAUCCUGAUGAUCUGUGUCGGGUGGACACUCUUUCUUUUGUUUCCUGUCCGAUUCGCGCUGCUUUGGCUUGCAAGGAAGACUGGUUCAAUCGAAAGUGGCCCAACAAUGUUUUUCAUGACGGUCACGGUCCUGCUUGUCUUUGGUUCGGCGUUCUUCACCGACAUUAUUGGUGUGCAUGCUAUUUUCGGAGCGUUUGUAAUGGGACUUGUUGUGCCUCGUGAAGGUGGUCUUGCAAUCGCAUUAACUGAAAAGCUGGAAGAUCUAGUCACCAUCUUAUUCCUACCUCUGGCAAGUUAUUUCACGUUGUCUGGAUUAAACACCAAUCUCAAACUCCUCGACAAUGGCAUGACCUGGGCGUACACGAUUGCUAUCUGCACGCUGGCUUUCGUAGGCAAAUUUGGGGGCUGUACUGUCGCAGCCCGUUAUCUUGCUGGGUUUAACUGGCGCGAAUCGAGUACCAUUGGUUCAUUGAUGAGCUGCAAAGGGCUAGUCGAGCUGAUAGUGCUCAACGUAGGUCUCUCAGCUGGCAUCCUGUCACCUCAGGUGUUCUCGAUGUUCGUUCUUGAGGCUUUACUGUUGACAUUUAUGACAACUCCGUUGGUCACGGCUCUCUAUCCGCCUGACAAACGGGUUCGCGCGUCCGCAACUGGUGCCAACUUCAAUAACGUCAACGAUAUGGAAGAACGCGCGGCAAGAGAACGGUGGCGAAACCUUCAUGAUGGAGCGCGCACGCGAUUUACCUUUGUACUGGAUAAACUCGAGCAUCUGCCGGGAAUGAUGGCAAUGGCACAGCUCAUCCAACCUCACACCCCUCCAACAACAUUGACUAGGCGCCAAUCGAAGUCAAGUUCAAGCACUGACAGUCUGAUCAUCCAGCCCAUCUCUAUUGAAGCAUUGCGUUUGAUGGAGCUUUCCGACCGCGUUUCAGCAGUAAUGAAGUCCUCCGUAUCCGAGUCCCUUGUUGCUUCGGACCCGUUGCUUACUAUCUUCCGUAUGUUUGGUCGUCUGCAUGACCUCCAUGUCUCGCCCGCCAUCAGUAUUGUCCCAUUCGACGACUUUGGGAAUAGCAUCGCCCAAACAGCUGACAGUAGCGAGUCAGAUAUGAUCGUCGUACCGUGGCUGCCCUUCAACACAAACACUCAUUCCACGGUGGAUGGUCCAAAUCCAACUCACGGAGUAGCAGAAACCUCGCGAACUCCCGGACUCCAUUCAAACAAUCCAUUCGACGCAUUGUUCAAAUCAGCAUCAUCAGGAGUCCACGAUAAAUCUGCAUCUGCAGUACACGCAAGUUUUGUCCGUAGCGUCUUUAUGGCUGCAAAAACAGAUGUCGCUCUCUGGGUUAAUCAAGCUUCACAUGCAGCUGGCGGCAGUAAACAGCACAUAUUCCUUCUAUUCUCCGGCGGACCCGACGAUCGAAUGGCGCUCGAGUUUGUUUCUCAGCUAUGUGCAAGAAACUCAGAACUGAGUGCAACGAUGCUCCGUCUAGUCAAGAAAGAGGUAGAUGCGCCGUUGAUGCAAACAGUGGAACCAGCACAUCUAGGAGAGAAGACCCCUGAGGCUCAUAAUUUAACGGUGGCUUCGGUGCGUGUCUUCGUUACCACAUAUAGCAUCGUUCAUUUUGCGUCUAUGCAGGCAAACGCCUUCCCUGAUACAGUUUAUGGUCACGUGAACACCGAGACACGCUUGCAAUCUGACACAGCAGACAACAUCGCAUGGGCCAAAUUCGCUGCAGUACAUCCUACCGAUGCCUCGUUGACUCUAGAUUCGGACCACAACACCAAUACCAUUGAGGCUCGGGAAUUGGUCUCACCUGUUCCCCUCCACGCAGCGAUUCAUGAAGUAAAUGCAUAUGGACAAUCUCAUCGGCACACCCGUGUCCUGGUUAUCGUGGGGAGAUCGCGUCGUUUAGCUGUUGAAGACCACGCAGGAGAGCUGAAGGAGCUGGGGGCGGAGUAUGGCAAUGUUGGAGCGGAAGUGAGGAAGACAAUGGGUGAUGUCGCGACAGCGUUCCUCAUAGCGGGAGCUGGCGACGGACUUCUCGUGCUCCAAGGAGUGAAUGUUGCAGAUUAA